GUAGGAGAGCGAGCGGACCAAUCAGAGCGCGGGGGCGGGGCUUAGGAGGCGCACACAUGAGUUGUCAAACAGGUUUGUCUUGAGCUGCAGAGACCUUACUGACACACACACACACACUUCUCAGCAGGACUGUGUGCUUGCUGGGCUACAACAAGGAACCUCAGAGGCUCCACGAGGACUGUGAAGGAAGUCCAAAUGCCAAGAUUUCCUCUGAGAUGCUGAGAUCACCUCUCUUCUGAGGAAUGGAAUGGAGCUGAUCCGCACAGACGCACCAAUACAGGAAAGCUUUGCAGUGUCUGCAGAACUAGGGAGUUUCAUUUCAAGGUGAGAAGACGCAUAGACGUGCACAACGCGCUACGACCACUAGUUUUUUAAAAGAAUGCCUUUGGAGACUCUCCAACAACAGCCGGCGAGGACCGCUGCAGCUGCGACGCCCCCACGCUUGCGGUCCAAGGGGCCAGUGGGGCCCGACUUCUACCGGCAGCCCAGGACAGCAGCGGGGAGCCCGAAGCAGAGUGCGGUGGAGAGGCUGGAAGCAGACAAGGCCAAGUACGUGAAGAGUCAGGUGGCUCUUUCCAAGCAGCAGCCGGUGCGGCCUCCCGAUGUGAGGAAGCCUCUGCUGAGCCCCGGCGCUGCUCUGCGGCCCACCAGGAAGACGCCCAGCCAGACGAAAGCGAAGCAGGAGGGCGUGCAGCUCGACCUGCAGCACCUGAGCAACCUGAUCAGUGUGAACGAUGCUGCUGAUGCCACGCCGCACCAAGCUGCAGGGCCGCAGCAGAAGAAGGAGCGUCUGUGUCCCCCACCUCGCCCCCCACCUCGCCCCGACUGGUGCAGUCCAGCUAAGGUGAGAUUAAAAGCGUCCGGACCUGCGAGGGCGGAGAGUCCCGGCUCCCCGGCUGCAGGGACCGUACGCAGGGUGGACGUCAUGCCUCAAGCCGGCCCCGUGAGGACGCCCGGCAGACCCCCCCAUUACAUCCGGCAGCCCCUGCAGCCCAUCCCUCUCCACUCCCAGUUCCCCCUCCGCCCGGCCACUUCACACCUGCGUCUCUUCCACACCAGAACGACACCCCGAGCGUCUCCUCUGAAACCUGUUGUCGCUCUAUUGAAACCCGCAAACCCGUCCUGCUCUCCAGGUGACACCCCCGCCCCGGCUCCCCCCAGCCUCCCUGUUUUCCCUCCUCCCUCCCCAGCGAUCACCCGUCUGUCCUCCUCCAGCUCCAGGAAGCGCCCCUCUCUGACCCGGUCCAAAUCAGACAUGAGCGACCGCUUCUCCAGAGCCGGCACGGAGCUGGAGCGCUUCUUCAACCUGUGUGGUCUGGACCCCGCAGACCUGCAGCUCACCGGCUCCAGCUCUGACAUUGUGUCCAUGGCCCGGUUCCGCAGCGUGAGCGCUCCGGGCUCCGAGUGUGCAGGCUCUGCUAAAGAUGAGGAGGAGGAGGAAGAGGAGGCUGGGGACGCUGCAGGACGAGUUCCCUACGGCGUUUCUGUCAUUGAGAGGAACGCGAGAGUGAUCAAAUGGCUGUAUGGACUCCGUCAGGCCAAAGACAGUACGAGCAAAAGCACCAAUUUAUAGGACGUGCUGAACGCAGGAGCAGCUCAGGACUCUUUUCUACCUUCACAGAUUCAGAGUUCCAUCUUUAGACAGAAACUAGUGACAAAUGUCCAACUCAGUUUCUCAAAGUCCUUUAAACGUCUCGCUUCGUCGGAAACCCAAAGAAAUUCACUGUGAUGUGAGAUGAAACGGAGAAACAGCAGAUCAAAGGGUUCUCAAACUAAAACACAGGAAGUUAUGGUUUCCCAUCGACCUGUGAUGAUAAAUUAAGUUUCUGUUUGUUUUCAUAUGUUUUGUCUUUGUGUAAAUCCUCUGCUCUCUGAACGGGAUUAAAGAUGGACGAUGAA